UACGGCGCGAAACACGCGAAUGGUGUAACUGUUGAAAUGAUAGGGUAACUUUCAACGAGUACUAAAAAAAAAAAAAAUAUUACAUACAAAUUCGAUCGUUCGAUAUUCCGAAACCGUCCCCGCCGGAAACGUAAUCUUCAAGUUUUGUCAUCGGUCCUUUUGCAGCUGUCGGCCUUGUGACACUUCCUGUAACACGAACACCUAUCGUGACAGUCGGGCAGUUGAUUUUUUUUAUUUCAAUCUCUCAGAUUUUUUUCCACGCUUCCGGUGACACGCUCGAGCGCUUUUAAUUUCUUACCUUGAGUCGGUAACUUCCGGUCGCGCCGUGUGACCGAUUACAAUUUUCCAUGAUAAUCUGGAACAUAGGACAAUAUUGUCUGUGAAAUCUUACGCGAUCUGUGAGGGAUUAGUAACGACGAAAAUUGAAAGGAUAAAGGUCCACUGGGAAUGCACAGAUUCGUGUGUGCGUCUUGGAUUACGUCCCCUCGAAAUUGAAGGGAUCGGAUCAAGGAAAGCGCUAUUAAAGGUUCGAAACACUUUCUAAGCAUUAUUCCAGGUGUGAAUUAUAAACACGUUUACCUCGUCAUUGAACGAUCUAACGAUUUACAUUCGCGUAAAGAAAUUGUACAAGGUCGAUGAUAUUCUACGAAAAAUAAGGAAAGAUUGAAUGUCACUAGUGUGCCGAAGCAUCAACUGGCGCAAACGGAGAUCCUUAUUUAACGGAGUCUCAAGUUGAAGGAUAGUACUUGAGCACUUGAGUGCUUAUAUCAUAAAUAACUAAAGUUCGAAGUUAUGACAACAACCAAUGGGCUGAAGAAUGACCAAACGUCGGAAGUGCAGUGGCAGAGGAUUCACAGCGGUCAAGAUGAGGAUAUGAGAAUCUAUGGAUUCGAGAAGAACACGUUGAAAAGUGUUCUAAUAUGUAUUUCCUACGUGUUGACCGUCGGUUGGGUGAGACUCUUCUUCCACUGGUACCCACAGUUACACCUAUAUGCGACCCACAAAAAAUGUCCCUUGAAUCGUGCAACGAAAUUGCUCGUAACCGAUAAUUACCAAGGAAAAUACAAGUCGUACUUCGUGACGGAAGUUAAGGCUAUUUCUGCCAGAAACAUUAGCAGGGAAGAAUUAUUGAAAUAUUUGGACACGAAGGAUGAGGAACUGAUGGAGAAGAUCAGAUGUAAAAUGUUGAAAAUUAAUUUAGAGAACGGUACGCAGUGCGAGGUGUUCGAGUACAAAGCGUUUUGGUGUAAGAAACAAUGUUACGUCUGGGACAUAACGCAGAACACGUUCUCGAGAUUAGUAGGUCUAGACAAAUAUACAUUAUGCACCGAUCUUCACCUCAAUAAUAAUCAAGGACUCUCUAAAGAAGAACAAUGCCUUAGACGUAUCGUGUACGGGAACAAUGAGAUCCUUGUACCAGUACAAAGUAUAGGGGUGUUGCUUUUAUUAGAGGUUCUGAAUCCGUUUUACAUCUUCCAAGUCUUUACUCUGUGCGUAUGGUUCGCAGAGAAGUACUUUUAUUACACGGCAGCGAUCAUAUGCAUGUCGUUGUUUGGUAUCAUUAGCUCCAUAAUACAAACCCGUAAGAAUCAGAUUAACCUACGUGGGACAGUUGCAUCGGCAGGAACUGUACUCGUGCAUAGAAGUUCUAAAGUAUCCGAAAACAUCCCGAGCAGCGAAUUAGUGCCAGGAGAUAUCAUAGAAUUACCGAAGCAUCAAGCUACUGUUAUAUGCGAUGCGGUACUCUUAACGGGCCAGUGUAUAUUAAACGAAUCCAUGCUAACCGGAGAAUCCGUGCCAGUGACGAAAACUCCUCUACCAUCGCGUCACGUCUUGUACGAUUCCAAAGAAUGUUCCCAUCAUACCAUAUUCAGCGGCACCACCAUUAUUCAAACCAGGAGUUAUAGCGAUAGUCCAGUUUUAGCGCGGGUCAUUAGAACUGGUUUCCAUACAAGUAAAGGUAGCCUGGUCGCAGCUAUUCUCUAUCCGCCACCGGCUGAUUUUAAGUUCGAUCAAGAUUCUUACAAGUUCAUUGGUAUAUUGGCAUUAAUCGCGACGUGCGGUUUUAUAUACACUAUCGUAACCAAGGUUUCCAGAGGAAUCACAGCCGAUGAUAUAGCGAUAAAAGCCUUGGAUAUAAUUACAAUAGUUAUUCCACCGGCAUUGCCGGCAGCAAUGACAGUGGGAAAACUGUACGCUCAAGCACGACUGAAAAGGGCACAAAUAUAUUGUAUUAGUAAUAGAGUGAUUAAUGUAUCUGGCAGCAUAAAUUGCGUGUGUUUUGAUAAGACCGGCACUUUAACAGAAGAUGGCUUGGACAUGUGGGGCAUUGUACCCUGUACGAAUGGUGUUCUUGGUGAAUCAGAGAGGACCAUUCCUAAAUUAAGCGACCAUCCUCUUUUCGAGGGAAUGUUAGUUUGUCAUAGUUUAACUCUGAUCGACGGUAAACUCUGUGGUGAUCCUUUAGAUGUUAAGAUGUUUGAGAGUACCGGAUGGAAGUUAGAAGAGUCUGAUCUAGAGCAUUUAAACAAAUAUGAUCUCGUAGCACCGACGAUAGCGAAGCCGCCGAAAAACAACGGUUUCACGAAGAAUAUGAACGAGAUAUUUGAGAUUGGGAUAGUGCAACAAUAUCAAUUCUCGAGCUCUCUGCAACGAAUGUCUGUGAUAGUACGCGUAUUGGGAUCAGAAACUUUCAGAGCUUACACGAAAGGAUCACCCGAAAUGAUACUUAGCUUGAGCAAACCUGAAACUAUACCGAAGGAUAUUAUGUUUUGCUUGAAGCAAUAUACUGAACAGGGUUAUAGAGUUAUAGCAAUGGGACGAAACGAAUUGUCGGAGAGUAACAGUAAGAUUAUGAAACUGCCUCGAGACGCGGUCGAGCAGAAUCUUGAGUUCUUAGGUUUAGUAAUUAUGGAGAAUAGGUUGAAAAUGCCAACCAUACCGAUCAUCAAGGAGCUAAGAUCUGCUGGUUUACAUGUAUUGAUGAUAACAGGUGAUAACAUUCAAACUGCAGUAAGCGUUGCGAAAGAGUGUGGCAUUUUGUCGCCGCACGAGUCUGUGAUAGAUGUGACUGUAGUUAUGGAAGAAGAUAAAUCACAAACGAAGAUUUAUUUCAAUGCUCAAGAGUUAUCUCCCAAACUGAGUCUUUGUGAUAAAAAGAUUGAAAUAUCAGAAUUACAUGAUAUAGAACGAAACAUAGGCAGUACUAAUUAUCGGUUCGCGUUAACGGGUCAGUCGUGGCAGUUACUCCGCGAAUAUUAUCCGGACAUCGUGGCGAAGAUUUGCGUACGCGGAGCAAUAUUUGCCAGGAUGACUAGCGAUCAAAAGCAACAAUUAGUGUUGGAGUUGAUGCAACUCGGUUAUUACGUGGCGAUGUGCGGCGAUGGUGCUAAUGACUGCGGUGCUCUGAGAGCGGCACACGCGGGUAUAUCUUUAUCCGAAGCAGAAUCUAGCGUUGCGAGCCCUUUCACAUCCAAGGUACCUGACAUCACUUGUGUUCCAAAGGUAAUAAGAGAAGGCCGCGCGGCCUUGGUGACAUCGUUUGGAAUUUUUAAAUUUAUGGUCACUUAUUCCCUUACAGAAUUUUUAUCCGUUAUCAUUCUCUAUUCGAUCGAUUCAAAUUUAACAGAUUUAGAAUUCCUUUUCAUCGACAUAUGUCUGAUCGUUAAUUUUGCCUCGUUCUUCGGGAAAACACGGGCGUACGAAAAGAAGCUGGUUAAAAAACCACCGAUGACUAGUUUGUUAACAUUCACGUCGAUAUUUUCAUUAUCCAUUCAUAUGUUGAUAAUGACAAUUUUUCAAGCAGCUGCUUAUUACGCGGUUCGCUUGUUUCCUUGGUACACCCAGUUCGUUCUCACGGACGAGACCGGGUACACCAGUUACGAAAACUAUUCCGUUUAUUGUGUCUCGAUGUUCCAAUACAUAACAAUGGCUAUAAUAUUUUCGCGAGGUAAACCGUAUAGAAAAGCGAUUUACACGAAUAUCGCAUUCGUAUUUUCCAUUAUUUUAUUGACCAUCGUUUGCGCCUAUAUCACAGUUUAUCCAGCACAGUGGGUAAUAAAUUGCCUUCAAUUACUUCUACCUCCGACCUACGAUUGGAGGAUCAUAAUAUUGGCGCUUGCCUUGGCAAACUUUGUCAUUUGUUUCUUCGUUGAAACGUUUAUAAUAGAAUAUAUGAUUGAGAAAAAAUUCAGAACACAUUUCUAUAGGGCUGAAAAGUCUAAGAAAGAAUACUUAAGAGUUGAACAACAAUUGAAAAACGAUUUGAGUUGGCCACCGCUUAGUAAAGAAUUACCUACUUUGCCAUUAACGCCAAGCGUAGAAAAUAUCAUGAAUGUCCAAUAUACAGUGGAACAGCCUUACGUAAAGAAAACUGAAAAGAAUCUGAACGGUACUAAAGUUCAUCAAACGAUAGAUCAAAAUAAGGAGAAUAAUGGAUUGUACGCCUUUGAUAAUUAUACUUUUGAAGAUGAUGAAUUAACAAAAAACACAAACAUGAUAACUAGAUUUUAAACAUGUACUUUGAAGACAUUUUUAUAUCUGUUUCUGUUAGUUUACAAUACCAGUAUUUGUACAGAAGUAUUAUGGAAUACUUAUAAAACUGUGAAAAAUAUUACUAUAAAUCCGCACAAAAAAUGCAAGAUGUACGAUGAUGUAUUUUUAAUAAUCCUCAAAGCGUAUAAUUUAACGCUAUUGACGAUUGCAUUCUAGUAAAAAGUCUCUCAAAAUUGUUAAUUUAUUAAAUCUUUUAAAAUAAA